AUGAAGUUCGCAAUUUCAACACUUCUUAUUAUCCUACAGGCUGCCGCUGUUUUUGCUGCCUUCCCUAUAUCUGAUAUCACAGUUGUCAGUGAAAGAACUGACGCAUCGACUGCCUAUCUGUCGGACUGGUUUGUUGUUUCAUUCGUUUUUAGCACUGCUGGCAGUGACGAAACAAUCGCUGGUGACGCUACUAUUGAAGUCUCUAUUCCUAAUGAGCUAGAGUUUGUUCAAUACCCUGAUUCCGUUGACCCAUCCGUUUCCGAAUUCUUUACAACCGCUGGUGUUCAAGUUUUGAGUACCGCAUUUGAUUAUGACAGCCAUGUUUUGACUUUCACUUUCUCUGACCCAGGUCAAGUUAUUACUGACCUUGAAGGAGUUGUUUUCUUUACACUCAAACUCAGUGAGCAGUUCACCGAGUCUGCUUCCCCUGGCCAACACACCUUCGACUUCGAAACCUCUGAUCAGACCUACAGUCCUUCUGUCGACUUGGUCGCACUUGACAGAUCUCAGCCAAUCAAGCUGAGCAACGCUGUGACCGGUGGUGUUGAAUGGUUUGUUGAUAUUCCAGGUGCAUUUGGAGACAUCACCAACAUUGACAUCAGCACUGUUCAGACCCCAGGUACCUUUGACUGUUCGGAGGUUAAGUAUGCUGUCGGAAGCAGCCUGAACGAAUUUGGUGACUUUACCCCACAGGAUAGAACAACUUUCUUCAGCAAUUCGUCCAGUGGAGAAUGGAUUCCAAUUACUCCUGCUUCAGGUCUUCCAGUUGAAAGCUUUGAGUGUGGUGAUGGUACCAUCUCUUUGAGCUUUGCCGGUGAAUUAGCUGACGAUGAAGUUCUUAGAGUUUCUUUCCUAUCAAACCUGGCUGAUGAUGUUCUUGAAGUUCAGAACGUUGUGAAUGUUGACCUCACCACUGCAGACUCGCGUAAGAGAGCAUUGACUUCGUUCGUCCUUGAUGAGCCAUUUUACCGUGCUAGCAGAACCGACACAGCUGCCUUCGAAGCUUUUGCAGCCGUACCAGCUGACGGAGAUAUUACUUCUACUUCAACUGCCAUUACCAGUGUUACUGCAACAGUUACCCACACCACUGUUACAUCCGUCUGUUACGUUUGUGCUGAAACUCCUGUUACCGUUACCUACACCGCUCCAGUCAUUACUAACCCAAUUUACUAUACCACUAAGGUUCACGUUUGUAACGUCUGUGCUGAAACACCAAUUACCUACACUGUUACCAUUCCUUGUGAAACUGAUGAAUACGCUCCAGCUAAGCCAACUGGCACUGAGGGUGAGAAGAUCGUCACCGUUAUUACAAAAGAAGGUGGUGACAAGUACACCAAGACAUACGAAGAAGUCACUUACACCAAGACUUAUCCCAAGGGUGGUCAUGAGGACCAUAUUGUCACUGUCAAAACUAAAGAAGGUGGUGAAAAGGUCACUAAGACUUACGAGGAAGUCACCUAUACCAAGGGUCCUGAAAUUGUUACUGUUGUUACCAAGGAGGGUGGGGAGAAAGUUACCACUACUUACCACGAUGUUCCUGAGGUUGUUACUGUUAUCACCAAGGAAGGUGGAGAGAAAGUUACUACUACUUACCCAGCUACUUACCCAGCUACCUACACAGAAGGCCACAGUGCUGGAGUUCCAACAAGUGCUAGCACCCCUCCUCAAGCUACUUACACUGUGAGUGAGGCUCAAGUCAACUUGGGUUCCAAAUCUGCUGUUGGUCUGUUAGCAAUCGUCCCAAUGCUCUUCUUGGCUAUCUAA